GCCAUUUUGUACAAAGCAUCCAGUUCGUGUAAUGCAUCCGCGGUCCCCGCCCUCCUCUCCUACCCCUUCGUCACGAGGCGGCGUCUGACCAAUGGGGAGUGUCGUUACAGGCGCAGUGCGGUUGUCGGGAUGUAAGGAGGAAUGGCGACGGUCGAGGGGGUUUCGGAGGUCAGAGUCGAGCUGGGUUUGACCAAACAGAAGCGAAUCGCAGGCCUGAAUCCCCUCACCUCCUCCAGCUAAACUCUUUGUCCCAGGAUGGAGACUGAAGUGACGGUGUCCUCCUCACCGAGCUUGCUCUCCUCCCCCGCGCCACAGACUUUGACCACUCAGGCCAGCCUGGUGGCGAAGCAGCGAGACAGCAGAAAGGGCACACCCGCGACUCCCGCCUUUCUCUCCAACCUGGGGAGGGCCACACUGCGAGGCAUUCGCAGGUGUCCUCAGUGCGGCGUCUACAACGGAACCCGUGGGCUUAGCUGCAAGAACAAGGCCUGUGGGGUGUCCCUCAGAAACGCCUCGGCAGCAGUUAGAAACAGGAAGAAAUGCGCCGUGGAGGUGGUGAAAGUGGUAAUAGACAGCGAGGAGAGGGGCGGGAAAGAGCGCGACAGGGGAGGAGUCCUUGGCGGCGGCUCGGGGGGAGGAGUCCAGGUGUUCUCGGUGUGUCACAGAGGAAGAGGAACCACGGCCACGCAGCUGGGCUUCGUCGAGCUCGUUCCCACCGACACCGCCAUUGCGACGGGUGACGGUGCCACCCUGCUCACCCAGAUCAACCUGGGCCGCUGCUUUUUGCCUGCCUGCAGACAGGGUCAAAGGUCAAACCAUGGCGGGGCAGAAACGGCGGCAGCCAGUUCCAAGCAGUCUUUUGACAGCCUCUGCGUCCACAUCAAACAGGCCAUCGAGUGUCAGAGCCGCGCGACGCCGCUGGCCUUCAAGAGCUCUGUCCUGGAGGGUCUACAGGCCUCCAUUCAGGCCAGGGAGGAGCUGUGGAGGCUGGCCACCGGGUCCCCGGGACCCCUGGUGCAGCGCGUCUCGAAGGACACCCUGGUGGUGAAGUGCAAUACGGAUUCCCACCAUCCUCUGGGCCUGCUGCAUCUCACAGUGGGCGCAGGUGGACUGUCGGAGGUUUCCAAGACCGAGAUAAGGGGCAGAGAGACGCAGCAGCAUGGCAUUUUUCACUGCGCCUGCCAGGUGAGCAGCAGCAACAGCAGGAGAAAUAAACCCGGUGUUGACGGAGCAGGUGGCGCCGCCAGCUUUCAGCCUGCUCCCAGCCCGGCCUCACCGCAGCCCUGCCUCCACUUCUACGCCUGUGUGUGUGCUUUUGCAAGCGAUGAGAAACUGGCUUCCGAGUUCACCCCUUUCAUCAGCUACACCCCCAGUGCUGUGCAGCCCAGUGCCACGAGUGGAGCGACAGGCUGCGGCGAGAAGCCUCUGCAGCAGGCCGAACCUGCCAACUCUCAUCACAAAGCAAAGAAGCUUCGCCCGGACGAAUCUCUCUCCGUGGCCCCCGCCUCUUGGCUGGGGAAAGAGGGAGCAUUCGGCCCCGGCCUGAGGAGAGCUGGUCAGAGGAAAACCCCUGGUGCUGGUGGGCUGAAGGCUCCAGGAGGAGCCCAGGGUGUAGACGAGCUCACGGUGAUGCUGGGGUUCCAUCAGUGGCUGGCCAGUGUCACAGAGAGGAUCCACCAGACGAUGCACUACCAGUUUGACGGGAAACCACAGCCUCUGGUGUACCUCAUUCCCCAGGAGUUCUUCAAUGCGCUGCAGCAUCGUCUGUCGCUCGGCUCCAAGAAGAGGAGGCUACCAAACUUCACGACACCGUUUGUGAGGAAUGAUGGCCUUCCUCCCGGCUCCUUCUCCAAGUACACCUGGCACAUCACCAGCUUGAUGCAGGUCAAACGCAUCUUUGACACUCCAGAGCUGCCUCUGGAGCUAUAUCAGAGUUUUGUGAAAAACAUCGACGGCUCUUACUCACGGUUCCGUUGUCCCGAGCCUCUGCCCGAGUCAGAAUUUCAAGAGGGGUACAGGACGGAUCGUCCGCUGGCCAUUCGACCCAUGGAGCUCCGCACCUUCCUCAGAGUCGGGCCGGGCGCGGCAGAUCAGAAGGAGGCCGGCCCGUUUGUGAUCGAGUGGAUCCCGGACGUUCUGCCCCGCUGUCAGAUGGGAGAGCUCAGGAUCAGCUUUGAGUUUGGCCACCAGAGGAGCGGUCAGCCAGAGAACUGUGAGAAAACAAGUGCGGCGGAGAAAGGGGGUCGUGGCAAGUCGGACUCCCCCCAGUCCAAACACACGAAGGCUGUGGGCGUACUUCAGGUGGUCGUCUAAUGGCCCCCCCGGUCCGGUCUCCUCCUUUAUUAUACAGUGUUAACAUCUGUAGUAAUAGAUGAAUGAAUCGGCCAUGGAUGAAUAUUUCUCAUUGGUAUAAACAGUAUAUGACUCGACCAAUAUAACCAUGUUACAUUAUGCAAAGGUAUGGAUAAUCAAUUGCAAUGCCACUUAUACUGUACAAUGUGUAAAGUUUCGUUUGUUGUGGAGUCCUCACGUUAAUGCCUUUUCCUUCAUUCUGAAUAUGCACAACAUUCGCAAAGUACAGAAACAAAAAAGAAAGUAUAUAUUUAAAAAAAUGUGAUAUAUUUUUAAUAGAUAAAUAUUAAAACAUUGUUGUCCGAGACAGAUCAUACAGACAUUUGAGAGGAUUUUUAUUUAAACUGCGAGCUUGUAAAACUAAUGGGAAUAGACGUAGAUGUACGCUGCUCAAAAACAAUGAAGGGAUCACUUAGUCGUCACAGUUAAACACCAAGUGAGUUAAACUUCAGGGACAUCUAACAGUCCAGUUAGGAUGGUCAGCUGCUUUGGUGCAAAUGAAAGUGACAACAGGUAAUUGUGGAACCUUACGCUGGUGCUGUGGGACCUGGGUUUCUCCUUGUGCGGGACAAUGCCCGGCCUCAUGUGGCCAGAGUGUGUCGGCACUUCCUGGAUGACGAAGGCAUCGAUGCCAGUGACUGGCCCUCUCGCUCCCCUGACCUAAAUCCAAUUGAGCACGUAUGGGACGUUAUGUGUCAGUGAAUACGACGCCACAGACUGUCCAGGAGCUCACUGAUGCCCUGAUCCAGGUCUGGGAGGAGAUACCUCAGGACACCGUCUGCCGACUCAUCAGGAGCCCAGACACUGUCGGGAGUGCAUACAGGCCAUACACGCUACUGACUCACAUUAUGAGUUGGCAUAAGAAAAAGUAGGAAGUAAAGACUUUCAACUUGAAUCAUUCGUUCAUGAAGAUGUGAUGUGGGAUUUAAGUGUUCCCUUCAUUUUUUAUGAGCAGUGGUAUUUACUGAAUCCCAUUUCCUCACUUUUCUUAAAAGUUUAAAAACUCGUGUGAGUUACAAAGAAGGAUUUUUUUCAGGAUUUUUUUGUCAGGAUAAAAAGAAAAUAAUUUACAAUUAAAUGGAUAAAAAUGA